ACACACACACACACACACAGAGUCGGCUGUGGUUUUUGCUCUGUUUCUAUUUUAGCUCGGCUCUCACAGACGGCGGUCAUGGCUCGCUGCAGGAGUUACUUACGAGGACUCGCCAUCUGUGUCACUGUGCUGCUACUGGUGUCUGGGGUGGUGAUGAUUGGCGUUGGAUUCUCCUCCAUUGACGGCAACACGCCGGUUGCCGAGCUGUUCGACCAGUUGUCCAGUAGCGACGGCUUACUGGUGCUGCAGGUGUUCGGCCCCAUCACAGUGAUUCUGUCCAUCAUUGGCAUCUGUGCUGCAUCUUUAGACCUCAAACCUCUGCUGCUGGUGUUCUCUGCUCUGAUAUUCGUGGAGUUCGUGGCCAUGAUGGUUGUCGCCUCACCGCUGGUUCAGGUUCAAGCUCAGAUGGACGGUGCGGUGGACGAGGUGUUCCUGAACGUAACUCCCCUCCACAGAGCCGAGCGUUACAUCCAGACUGAACUCAGCAAACUCCAGGCCUCCGACUCGUGUUGUGGUUUGAGGAGUUUUGAGGACUGGGAGAAUCAACUUCCUGACACCUGUCUGUGCACGCCUAGCGUCUCCGACCUGCAGCACAGCUCUCAGCCUGGUAACUGGAGCUCAGAGGGGCCCUGUGUGAUGGUGGGUGGUGACCUUUCCCCUCCGACCCAAAAAGUCAGAGAUAAACUGUGGGUUCACUCUGAGCCCUGUGGUCCAAUCCUGAAGAGCUACCUGAGCUUCCCCAUCAAACUGCGGAUAGGAAUCAUUUCAGCCUUCGCCACCAUCACGAUGGCGGCCAUCGCUCUGUGUCUGACGUUGGGUCUGGAGGAAUACUGGAAGACACCUCCGGUAGAAACGACAGUCGAUGACUUCAACAGAGUGAAGUAUCAACCCAAACCCUCCCUCACCUGACCUCUGACCUCUGACCUGCAACCAUUCAAACUGCUGGUGAUGAUUGUGAGAGUUCAUUAAACUAUCCUCCUCCUCCAGGAUCUGAAAUCUUUUCUAACACAGCAUAUUUAUAUUUGACAGAAGGUCAGUUUGAGAAAACUGAAGAAAGACCAUUUGUAAAUCAAUAAUAAUCGCGUGUUGAACUUGUGUAGAAAAUGUUUGCUGGCACGCCUCCACGGUGAACGAAGAAUCCAAAAAGGGAGAACAUUAUGAUUUAAAAUGUGUCAGUACAGUCGGGCCGUGUAACGUGCCUCAGCGUGCACAUGACCGUCCCAAAUGUUUGAAGGAUUCUACAGUCGGUUGAUGAUCGACGUGCAAAUCAGUUUUCAGAUGCUUCGUUUUUUGUGUAUUUUUGCAUCACCUCAAAAAUCCCAAAUAGCCCAUGAAAUAAGAAAAAGUAAUCCAAUAAUCUUCAUCAUAGGCUACAGUCAUUUUAUGUAUUCAUUUGCUUACAGGUCUAUUUUUGAACAAAUAAUUGAAGUGAUUAUGCAGCAGCCAUUUUUACUUCAGUAAAGAAGGAAAAUUCUUGAAGUCAUAUUUUUGUCUUCAUCUCUCAUGAGACUCAAAACUACAAUAACAGCAAAGUUUAUGAAAAAUGACGACAAGUUUUGAAGCUUUAAAGCCCCGAACGUUAAGGAUGCACGAUGUAUAUGAGGCUGAUAAAUUAUUGGCUGAUAACGGGACAUUUUUAUAAUUAUGCAUUAUUCCCAUAAUUACAAUUAUAGCUGAUAAUAUGAAGCCAGACUGCUCUCCCUGACUCAAUAAGGGCAGCGUCUACACACCAAUACAGUGGGUGACGGAAGCACCGUUCUUUGUGUUUGUUGUGAUAACAGUAGUGAUGUCAGGUUGAUCUGGUUCGGUCAGAGAUGUGGAAUAUUAAAUCAGACAUAUUUCCUCACAUCAUCUCAGCCUGUCUGACCCACAGGUGAACAUAAACUUUUCUGUUUAAAAUACAAAUGUGAAAUUAUCAGUUAUCGGCCAUGAGAAGCAGCUAGUUAUUGGUUAACUGUAUCGGUUGGAAAAAAAUCCAUACUGAUUCAUCCCUACCAGAGAGAGUAUUUGGGGCAGCCCUGCUCUGAACGUUAGUGUUAUAAAUUGUAAUGUUUCAAUGAAAAUACAUGCGGUACUGAUCACAUGAUGGAUAAAUGAGACUUGGGUUUUACUGUAUGAGUACUUUACUGUAUGAGCCCCGACAUAAAAAGUUGUUUGGAAAAACCUCAUCUGAACUCUGUUUUUAGCCUCACUGUAGCCUGUAGCUCUGACUGCCUCUCUGGGCACCACGCUCACGUGUGUCGGGGCUUCAGGACACUUGGAUCACUACGGACGAGCAGUAUGGAGAUAUUUUGUGGUUUCAAUGAUGUGUUUUUGGACGUUUGAAUCUGGGGCGCCGUCAGCCUCCAUUAGGUGGAGUUGUGUUGCUACCUCCUCUCCCCUUGGAUCUCUGCAAGUGAUGUGAGGACUCUAAAACUUCAUCUGAGCCUCCCUCGGCAUAUGGCUGAGUAGAUAAUGGCUGAAUUUACAUUUUUGGGUGCACUAUCCCUUUAAUGCCAAUAAACAACACAAGGGAUUUUUGGCUAUAUCUGAUAUAUAACAUCUCAUUUGACCGAUAACUGAUAUCUAUAUAUCCCUUGUCCCCUCCUAAUGUCAGUGAUCAUCAUCAAGUCUCUUCUGUAGUGAAUUAACAUCAUAUUAUACACACAGACUGUGAUGGUGACGGCCCACCAGCAGGUGGAGACAUGAAACACUGUUCAGUGUGUGUAACAUUCAGUCAUUGUGAGAAAGAAGAAACAUCAUGUUGGCUGAUAUUUAUGACAUGCCGAUAUUAUCAUGCGUCCCUAAACAACACUGUCACUGUGCACUGAACAUACGGUGGCGUGUUGGGGCUGAAUGGUCAGAGUUUCCAGCAGGAAACAAGCCAAAUAAAACUGUGUUUAAAUGUGUUGUAACUCACUGACGUUCCCCAUCACACAGUGAUGCAUGUGUCUGUACGUCACUGUGGAUCUGAUGAGUUACAGUUAGUGUUAAAAGUGAGUUCAGUCGUGCACACAGUUUGUGUCUGACAGGAAGCUGUGCUGAGUUGAAAAAGGUCAGAGUUCAUGUCUUUGCCUUAUUCAUGCAAUCCAGCUCAUCAAAAUAAUAUCUUUAUAGUUCAAUGAAAUCAAAAUAAAAUGCCUUUAAAAUGUGUCCUUAAUGUUUUUAUGUUGAUAUGACAGAAUUAAAUGCUCCUGACAAAGGUCAUGUGACGCAUCAGUUUUGUAUCCAGUGAGCUCCAAACUUUGAUGUUUCUGUGUUGUAUUAAACUAAAGAGUUGAGUUCAAUCUGUUUCUUCAGUUACUUUAAUUCAUGAAGAAUGCUCGCCUUUCUUUGGAUUCUUCGCCCACUGAGGAGGCGUGACACAGAGACGAAGGUAACACAGAGACGAAGGUAACACAGGGCGAGGGACUGAUGUACAGAUGGUCAUUCUGCAGGUCAAAUGUCUUUCAGAUCGUUCUUUAUCCAGUCAUGAUGUUCAUGUGAUUAAAGUCUAAAUACAGAAGGAGCAGCUGGUUGUGAUGAAAUGUUUGGCUGUCACCUGUAAUAAAUAA